AUGCUGGUCACCGUGUACUGCGUGCGGAGGGACCUGUCCGAGGCCACCUUCUCCCUCCAGGUCAGCCCCGACGUCGAGCUGCACGACUUCCGCCUGCUCUGUGAGCUCGAGUCCGGCGUCCCCGCCGACGAGACCCAGCUCAUCUUCCUGGAGCGGCUGCUGGCCGACGACCACUGCUCCCUGGGCUCCUACGGCCUCCGAGACGGCGACGUGGUGGUGCUGCUGCAGAAGCACAGCGCGGGGCCUCGGCCGCCCGGACGGAGCGCCAGCCUGCGGCGCACGGACUGCCCGGGGGCGGCCGAGCCGGGGACGGCGGGCUGCCGCGCGCCGCACGCGCCGCACCGGGCCCCGCGCGGCCCGCAGCCCCGCGGCCUGGCCUCCGGAGAGAAGAGGCCGUGCGCGCGAGGCCUGGACAGCCCGGCCCUGAUCCGGAGCAUGCUGCUGUCCAGCCCCCACGACCUGUCGCUGCUCAAGGAGCGCAACCAGCCCCUGGCCGAAGCCCUGCUCAGCGGGAACCUCGAGACCUUCUCUCAGGUCCUCCUGCGGCAGCAGAGGGAGAGGGCCCUGCGAGAGCAGGAGCGGCUGCGUCUCUUCGCCGCCGACCCCUGUGAUUUGGAAGCUCAGGCCAAAAUAGAAGAAGAAAUCCGGCAGCAGAACAUUGAGGAAAACAUGAGCAUGGCGAUGGAAGAGGCUCCGGAGAGUUUCGGGCAGGUGACCAUGCUCUACAUCAACUGCAAAGUGAACGGACACCCUCUGAAGGCUUUCGUGGACUCCGGUGCCCAGAUGACCAUUGUGAGCCAAGCUUGUGCCGAGAGAUGUAACAUCAUACGGCUGGUGGACCGCCGCUGGGCUGGCAUCGCCAAAGGGGUGGGCACGCAGAGAAUUGUUGGCCGGGUCCAUCUAGCCCAGAUUCAGAUUGAAGGCGACUUCCUCCAGUGCUCGUUCUCUGUCCUGGAGGAGCAACCCAUGGACAUGCUUCUAGGACUAGACAUGCUCAGGAGACACCAGUGUUCCAUCGACCUGAAGAAAAACGUGCUGGUGAUCGGCACCACGGGCACGCAGACUCACUUUCUUCCUGAGGGGGAGUUACCCCUGUGUGCCAAGCUGGUGUGCGGUGCCGGGCAAGAAGACUCUCCAGACAAGGAAGUAGCGGAUACUAUUAAGCAUUCGGCCAAGGAUUUAGGACGGAAAAAGCGUUGA